AUGACUUCUGGAGAUGCACCUUUGGAAUUCAUUGGAAUUGAGAAAAUUGGCUCGAAGCCAAAAAGCAAACAGUUUUAUCCGUUUGCUUAUUCGUUGCUUGAUACGAUGAAGGAAACUUAUUGUUGGACGUGUUUGAAGAAAGAAGUUGAAGUGUGAGUUUGAAACAUUUUGGAGUUAGGAUAAGUUAGGAUGAGAAUCAAAUUCCAGAACUUGUAAAACCUGCAACAUUGCCAAAUUCUGCACAUCCGAAUGCGAAUCGGCCGGCUCUUUUGAUCACAAAUACGAAUGUCCAGCUCUCCAAAAAUUCCCAGAACUCAAAAUCGAAGAACGAAUGUUGCUUCGAAUUGUCGGAAGAUAUCUUGAUAUCCAAAAUGGAGUCGACAAAAAAAUCGCAGAUUUUUAUAAAAAUCGCGAGAGUUCAAGAAGUGUGAUGGAGAUUUGGCAUCAUUGUGAAGAAAUGAAGAAUGAUGUGAAUGCGGUCAGAAAUUUUGAUCGUAAGUUUUUUUUUUAAUUUUUUUUUUAAAUAAAAAUCAACGAUUUCAGGAAUUUACAACGCGAUCGAGGAAUUUUUGGGAAAAAUCGAUAAAGAUAUCGUAUUCCAACUUCAUUCAAGAAACUUUAUUAAUCGUCACAGUAUUUCGAAUCCUGAUUAUUUGAUUGAAAUUGGCAAAGGUUUAUAUCUCGAUCUCUGUCGAUAUGAUCACUCAUGUCGUCCAAAUGCGGUAAGUGUUUUUGUUUUCUUAAAAAAAAUUUCGAACGUUUUUUUUUGUUGCAGAUUUAUAGCUGUAAUGGUACUGUAGCAUCGUUGAGAGCACUUCACGAUAAUGUUGAUUUGGAAGAUGUUGAAAAAACACAUUAUACUUAUAUUGAACUUCCACCGUAAGUUUUUUAAAAUAUUAGAUCAUCAGCCCAAACAUUUUCCAGCUGCAAAAUCCAACGUCGUCACAUGCUCAAAGAAACCUGGUACUUUGAAUGUCAUUGUGAAAGAUGUGAUGAUCCAGCAGAUAAUUGGCUAACAUCAGUCAUUUGUCCGACUUGUAUAAACGGCAGUGAAUUCCGUAACACAAUUAAAAUCCAUGGCCCAGAAGCGUAUGCGAAUCAGGAAACUUUGGAAAUUAUUUGUUCGCGUUGUCAAACAACACUUGAUCGAGAAUAUGUGUAUUUUGCAUUGGAGGGAAUGAGAACUAUUCGACAGACUUUGGAUGGAGCGACUGAUGUUUCGGUGAGAUUUUAGAUCUUCAAAAUUAAAAAAAUACAUUUCAAAGGUGAUUUUGUUUUCAAAUUGUCUGCUCCCAAGAGAACGAAAAUCUUCCAAAAUUUUCUACAAAUUUUUAUCAACAAAACUGCUCCAUCAAACUAGAAAAAAAUUUCAGACUGAUACAAUGGAACUGCUGAAAAUCUACCAAGGAGCAUUGAUCAGUUAUGAAAGAGUGCUGCCAAUGUCCAAUUCAUAUUUCUGUCAAUUAAUUGCUGUAAGUUUACCCCAAUGAAUCUGAAAUUCAAGAUUUCAUCUCAAAAUUUUCCAGGCCAUGAUUCCGUUGGUUCAACGAGCAUCAAUGACUCGACGUGAAAGAGCAAUUGCAUCUCUAGAUCUUCACGCAAAAUGUGAACCUUUUGUCAGAUAUGUUUAUAGAUAUGCUCAUCCUUCAAAAGCGAUGCAUUUUUUGUAAGUCUGAAAAUCUGAUCUGAAAAAAAAACAAUGUUUUCCAGACAAAUGGGUCAACUUCACGAUGAGUUGGGAAAUGGCAAAGAGGCCGCAAGAUAUUUGAUUGAAGCUCAUCGAAUUAUGGAUUAUUUAUUUGGACCAGGACAUUAUUUAUCAAAUCAAACCAAGAAUUUGAUGAAUUAUGUUUUGCAAACAUUAAAAACAUUCCAGAAGAAUUUUGUGAAUGUUUUGGAACGGGUUCCUGAAGCGAAAGACGCGUUGAAUCAACGAUUUUUGAUGAAAGAUGAAAAAUUGGCAAUCAAAGAGGCGGCGAAAAAUAAGAAGAACAAGAAUAAGAAAAAUAAACAUAAGGGGAAACAAUAUAUUCAGGAGAAAAAUGUUGAAAAUGAUGAAUUGGGUGAUUUACCGGAGUUGAUUUCACAAAUUUGA